UUCAGAUUUUACCAAAUUCCGUUAUUUCAAGAUAGUUCUAGUGAAAAGGAAUAAAAAUGGCAACUAGCAGAGCCCGUGCGUUGACCGUCUCCAACCUGGAUAAUAUGAUGGAGAACAAACAACAGAUAGGUGGCAAACAGUUAAUUAAACCUGCACCCAGUGGAACAAGGGGCGUUCUAGGAGAUAUCAGAAACAAGACUCGUAAUGUAAGAAUUGCUAUUGAUCAGCCCUCCAAGGACCUUAAAAUGGGUAAACCCAAGCUCAGAAAGGCUCAGGAUGAGAAUAAGGUUGAAGAGAAAGGGAAGAAGGAAGAGACGAAGAUGGAUUUAGGGAAGGACGAGGUGGAGGAGAUGGACAUCUCCGGGGUAAACAUCGGAUAUCCAGAGAUUGAGGACAUCGACAAGGAUGAUAUUGGGGAUCCUCAGCUUGCUGUGGACUAUGUUCAGGAUAUCUACAAGUAUCUCAGGUUCUUGGAGAAGGAACAAUCAAUUAAACAGGAAUAUCUGGCGGGACAAACGGUAAUUCUACCAAAGAUGAGAAGAGUCCUUGUAGAUUGGAUUGUAGGAGUACAUUUGCAGUUCAGACUACUCCCAGAGACACUGUACACAACAGUAGCAAUUCUUGACAGAUUCCUGCAGAACCACCUGAAGUCUAUAGACCGAACUACCCUGCAGCUUGUUGGUGUGGGUGCAAUGCUGGUUGCUUCUAAAUACGAGGAAAUAUUCGCUCCUGAGAUUAAGGACUUUGUGUACAUCACCGACAAAGCGUACACUGAGAGGGACAUUAUCAGGAUGGAGUUGAAGAUUCUUGAAGGGAUCGAGUUCAACCUGGGCAGACCUCUACCCAUCCACUUUCUCAGGAGAGCCAGUAAAGCAGGAGGGGUAGAGCCCAUUACGCAUACUCUCGCUAAAUACAUCAUGGAGCUUAGUUUGUGUGACUACAGUCUAGCUCACGAGUUACCAAGUAUGAUCGCAGCGUCGGCUCUUGCACUCUCAAUUCGGCUACUCGAUGCAGGAGUUGGGAGCAUGGAGGAGGUCUGGACCCCUGUCCUAGUUUACUACACAACCUACACACUGCCUGAGCUCCUUCCCACCAUACAGAAGCUCGCAACUAUCCUAGCCGCAGCUCCGUCAGCCAGGCUUAGCGCAGUCUACCAGAAAUAUUCAAACAGAAAGCUCAUGAAAAUCUCCAAAAUACCGUCGCUAGACCAACCUAUGCUGAAGGAGAUGGCGGCCGGUCAAUUCUGAAGAUUUCCCGCCAACUCAUUCUACAAAACCGAUUUAGAAAUUCGCGAAUCAAAAACUCAAAAUAGCGGUUUUGUAGGUUCACUCAAACCCGCGAAUUGACAUUUUUUCCUCUGCUCUUUUUUAGACAAUCAUUGAAAUAUCUUUAUGGAGUUUAACUUCUGCAAAUUUUAAAAAAAAGUAUUUAUUUUUUUUAAAAGGAAAUUUGUGUGUAAUUUUACUGACUUUUAAUUAUUCGAAUGUUUUAGUUUGAUUUUUCGCCCAGAACGAGAAAUCCUGGGAAAUAAUUUUUUUUAUAUUUUAAUUGUUAAUUGUAAAAUUAUUGUGUCUCGCUGAAUUUUGAUCUCAUUUUUUAGUUUAUUAUCAUUCUUAAUAUUUGUUCUGUAUUAUAAAGUUGUUUCGACAAAAGCUGUACACUGUACAAAAGCUUAAUAAUAUAACGACGAUAAGUUGGAGAAAUAUGAAUCUCUCU